AGUAGCUAUGUUUAACCAAGCGGUUUACAAUCAGAGGAAAUGACGUGCCAGUGUUUUGAAUCGUGCGGGCUAACAAGCAGCACAGAAAGCCUGUAACCACUGUACUGACCAGCCUCCCCCCUACUACAUCUGGGGAAAACUUUGAGCUUCAUGUCCCUAUAAUUUCUUCACAGUUUGCAGUCACUGCUGCUCAUUUUAACACCGUGGACCAUCUGCUGUACCCCGACUCCAGCACUUCCUCUACUGCGCAGUUGGAGAACGCAAUGGACCUCCAUAAAAUCAUCCAUAAUGCAAUGCACGAAUUUAUUCAGACUUACAUUCCCGAUGCCGAUCUCAGCACAUUGGAUGAUGUUCUUCUGUCUUACAUCACUGGAGUCCUGGAGGAUCUUGGCUCCCAGCAGAGUGUGGAGGAAAACUUUGACGUGGAGGUCUUUGCAGAAAUGCUAGAAGCUUACAUACCAGGCUUUGCUGAAAUUGACAGUGUAAAAGUCUGUGAAAUGAUGUUCAAUCUGGCUUCAAAACUAGCCACAGCUCGGACCUUAGCCGACGAAGAAAACGGUGUGCCUAAGGCAAGGACAGAUGAUGUUUCAUUGAAACUCACUACCCUGCCUAGUGACCCUCCACCAGGAAGAGAAACACAGUGCCUUAAAACGCAGACAGAGGGUGCCACUGCCAAGCCACCAGUGUCUGAGUGGGAGACCCAGGAGCAGCACCUGCUUGAGAUGUUUCCCAAGUGCAGUCUGUCCGAGGCUCGUAGUGCCCUGUCUAUUGCCAAAGGAGACAUGGAGGAAGCUGUGCGCCUUAUCAUAGAGGGUGAUGUCCAACUCAGCCCCACUCCUCUCAAUGUAAACCAUGGGAAAAAUAUUUCCUCAGUGGCAGACCAGAAACUUAAGGAGAGCAUCCUUGAGAAGUACAUGCUGGUGGACAGAGAGGAGGACAACAAAACACACCGGCCUGUCGCCCCCAAAGACGCUCCAAAGAAGCUAGUGCGGUACCAUGGUAACCAGGUGGUAACCACAAAAGGAGAGCGAUACCAGCUUGUGAAGAAAAACGAGACAGAGGACAUGAAGAAGACGUAUGUCAACCUCAAGCCUGCACGAAAGUACAGAUUCCAUUGAUGAUGAGCACAAAACUGUAAGAGCAGCUACUGACAAUAUUGUUUACACUAUUAUUAAUUUAUUAAGUCCAUUUAGCCUGAAUUUAUUUGAUUUUUUUCCCAAGUAAAGGAUCAUAUUUGUUAGUUAGUGUCAGUGGCUUAUUUCAAAAAAUGUUACCAUUAUAUGCCUUGGUUAAAACAUACAAUGACAGUGUUUCAGUCCUAUAACUGUUCAUUUCCUUGAGAAACGUUUGAAAUUUUGUGUAAUAUUUUGGUGAGGAUGUUGUAACUUGUGUUCUAGUUUGUAUAAGAGCCUAAACCUAUCUACAUUUUGCCAUCUCAGCAGAUCUGUUGCACUGACGUUAUUGUCUUUUUUUACCACUUCAUUUUCUUUCUUUUUUGUUAGUUCUUUUUUUUUCAUAUUAUUCCUCAUUUGUAUUGUCUUUAACGUAGUACAAUAUAGAUUCAUAGUUGUGACAUAAAGUUAUAGAGAUGAAUCUAUUUUCAUUUCUGUAAAUAAGUUCUAGUGGUGCUGUAAAAUUUCCUCUGGACAUUACGAGUCUCAACAGCUUUUUUUAUGUACAUAUAGAAAAAAUCAUUGAUGCCAAUUUUAUUUAAAGUUCUAUUUUUACAUCAUACAGUGAUAGUGCUGUGAAAAUGUUUGGUCGAGCCUUAUGUUUUGGACAAUUUGUUGUGCUACAAAAUGGUUUUCAGAUGAAACUCGUGUUGUAUAGACAGAAUUUUAAAUGAGCAUUUGUACAGCAAGUGGCCCCAACAGUCAUUACCUAAGGGUUUGAUAUGCGGUCUCCCUUGGUGGGGGCAUGCUACGACCGUCCAGUUUAUAGUAUUUCCGAUACACCUUUAGCAUAAUUUGCUCAGAAAGACUAGAACAUAGCAUGUGUAGUACUGAAUGUUGACUAAAGAAUCUGGCCUUCAUGAAGCACAAUAAUCCUUUUAUCUGGAUAUCUUUGCUGAACAAAUCAGUUUUUCCUCCGCAAAUGUCGCAGAUUUGAGCAGAAUUAUCCAGAUAACUUCAGAUAAUGAGGGACUUGAGUAUCACCUUGAAUUGUCCUCUUGAUGUCUCCACAAGAGCAAGACCAUCUGAUUUGUUUUUUAUCACAUUCUAUCAUACCAAUUAAUGUAUGUGAUAGAGGACAUGUUAAUAUUUGUCAGUGACACAGCUAAGUUGAUUGAACAAGGCAUGCGCUUAUUUUAACUUUAAAUGUAAUUUUAAUACUCAGCUGUAAUGGAAAACUCUAACUACUAGUUAAGUCUCUGUUAAUUAAUUUUCUAGCACAACAAAUUCAAUUCUCAAGGGGUGCACUAACUAUUACAGCACUAUAAUAUCUGGUAUAAUGAAGUGGAGGACUGUGGUUGCCCCUUAAAUGUUAACCGAAACAUGCUGCCGGAGGACUUGAUUUUAAAGUUCAUUCCAACAGCAUUACCUUUAUUUUUGAUAUAGAUGUUUAGAUUUGCAAAGUCUCAGAUCAUGCAUUUAUUGUGAAGAGGCGCUGUCGUGUGCUUUCAGGGUCCGUUUACAUGUUACUCAAGUGGUCCUCUGUCAUGGCUCCUUUCAUCUCAUUUGUGUUUGUGUGAACUUUGCUUCGCUUGUGAUUGUUGGUUGUGGAACUUUUGAAUUAUGAUUUGAUUCUUAUUUCUUGUUAAUUGUAUAUUAGGAUAAAUGAGUCAGUCAGGUUUUUUUCUUUUUUUUACCAAGAUAUACCAGCUGUUUAUUUGUGUUCCCCUCUGCAUCCAUUUGGAGCAACUAUUAGCAAUUGUUUUCAAUUGGUGGUAUAAUAUUAGUUUUCCUGAGUGUAGGUGGUACACAAUCAAGUGUUGAAAAGAUGUGUUGUUACUGAUACUUCUAUUUAUCAGCAGCAAUGUUGUCUUUAAUUACUAUCUGAUGGUGUUACUGUAGAGCAUGGAAUGGAUUUACUGAAGCUAUUUAGUCACAACUGAGUUUUAACCCCUCGCUUUGAGAAACCCCUGACGCACAAUUUAUAGUAAAUAAAUACUAAUUUUUGUAGACUACCA